UGAACACUGUCACAUUUGAACACUGUAAUGAACCGAACCGGGUGCCUGUCAUUUUGGCACUGGCAGAAUUUUAUAAAUCGGACGGUUCUGGCACCCGAACCACUUCUUGGUCAUUCUAUCUUCUUCACCCGACCUUGAAUUUCAGGUAGAAGAUAAGAUAUCCAAGAUUCGACCAUGAGUUCUCCGGCGAAAAAAGCUCAGUCGCCAGCACCCCAAUCACCCACGCCCGGCCCUGCAUCCCAGUCUCCCGCUGCUGCGAGAGAACCCACGCCCGGUCCUGCACCCCCCGCUGUUGAAACGACUGGCCCUCUUCCUGGAUCUCACUGGGCCGAACAGGGACUUCCGGAGGAGGAGGAAAAUGAUGGGGAUUCUACCAUUGGAAGUGAUAUUGAGAGCUCGACUGCUUCGAUUAGUUCGAGUAUCCUCAAAUACCGUACCAUGAACGGCCGAACCUACCAUAGCGAUAGCGUAACGGAUGGAGAGUAUUGGGGCCCCAACGACGCUAAGCAGAAUGAAAUGCUGGAUAUUUUCCAUCAUGUGAUGACCAUUUGCCUGGAUGGCAGGCUUUAUGAUGCCCCUCUUCCCAAAAAUCCUGAGAAUGCAAUUGAUCUUGGCACAGGCACAGGGCUGUGGGCAAUCGAUUUUGCCGAUAAAUUCCCUAAGUGCAACGUCAUAGGUACUGACAUCUCGCCCAUCCAGCCCGGUUGGGUACCCUCCAAUGUCCGUUUUGAAAUCGACGACUACAAUAAGGAAUGGACCUAUAACUCUAAUUUCUUCGACUUCAUACACCUCCGGUGGCUUAGCGGCACCGUCAAGGAUUGGCCUGCUUUGUAUAAGAAGGCUUACCAAUGCUGCAAGCCGGGCGGUUACAUUGAGCAUAUGGAUGCCUCCGGUACUGUCUUGUCCGACGAUGGUUCCGUGGAUAACAAAAUUCAUGCCGUAGCCCAAUGGGGCCCCAUGUGGCAGGAGGGUGGAAGGAGGAUUGGGUAUGAAGUUGAUCUGCACAGCACCAACCUAAUGGAGAACGCGAUGAAGGAGGCCGGCUUCGUAAACAUAGUAACGAAGGAUUACAAGGUCCCUCUCUCCCCAUGGUCCAAGGACAAGAAGAUGAACGAACUUGGUCUGUACUUAUAUGUCGCUAUGGGCCAGGACCUUGAUGGUAUUCUUCAGUUUAUGUUUGGUAAAGUAAUGGGAUGGACCACGGAGGAGAUCAACAUCUACAUCAAACAUUUGCAGAAGGAGUUGAAGGACACUACCCUUCAUCCGUACUUCAUCUACCGCAUGGUGUAUGCCCAGAAGCCAUUGGAUGCUUAAUGUCCGGCUGGGCAACAACACCGACCGGGGCUGGUUACUUACCUAAUCUCCCACGAUGAGCGGUUGGAUCCCUUUACCUUAGAACAAACUUCAUAUCUCUUUUUCUGUGAAUAAUCUAAAAACAACAUGCUAGUUAAAAACCUCAGAUGACCGUCACA